CACCAAACAACCGAGCGCGAGGACAACAACCAAGAGGAGUGGCGCGACACUGGGUCAGUCUGAUAAUACACUCUGACGUAGCUGGCGACUUCACUCUGACACAACGCCCCCUUUGACCCUCACGUCAUGUCCAUUCGUCUGGCGCUGGUUUCUCGGGUGGCUGGGUGGCUGAUACAAGACAACCAGCAUUACAUCAGACUCGCUGGGAAAAGAAACUGGUCGACGAUGUGAAUAGACAUAGCCCUUGCCUGAGAUUGCGUGGACAUCCCCCACCUCCCCCUCCAAAAAAACAAAGCAAAACGACUUGCCUCGUCGACAAACAAUUUCAGAGGUAGCUGGUGAUGUGUCAGACGAGGAGGUUAACGUAACUUUCGUAUUGGCAUCUGAAUAAUCAUUUGCGGGAGAUUAGAGAUUUAUUUCUCUUAUACCGCACAUGCAAGUGGAUAAGAGGUUUGCUAACAAUACGGAUUUCCUCAAGAGAUUCACUACAUUGUUCGUCUGCGUCGCCAGUUUCAUCGAUGUCAACAUCUUCCAACGCCUUUAGCUACGACGGCGUGUCAGCGGUGGCGGUGGUGGAUAUCGGUUCCGGGCGGAUCAGAGGAGGAUGGGCAGGGGAGGAUGCUCCCCGCUGUGAGCUUCCUAACGUCUGGCACGCAAAGCCCAGAGAAAAUCUGAAUGGGGCUUAUUCAGCUGAAGGACUCGAACCGAAGGCUGUGUACCCAGUGGAAAGAGGCCAAGUCCAAGACUGGGACGGACUGGAGGCGCUCCUGCAGGAUGUGCUGGACAGAGUGAGUCAGCCUCAGUCCCCGCAGCCCUACCCCCUGCUGCUCUCUCGCCCCAUGUUCAGCGCCCGCUCUGAAGACCUAGGUUUCGCGCAGCUUGUGCUAGAGAAGUUUGAUGCACCUUCAUUGUGUCUGGCCCGCCAGCCUAUCCUGGCAUUACAUGGCAUCAGCCAGUCCAGUGGCGUUGUUCUGGACUGCGGGGAGGGGCUGACGCAAAUUGUGCCCAUCUUUGAAGGGUUUGUGAUAGAGCACGCAGUGCGGAGGAUGCACCUGGCUGGCCAAGACGUCACUCUGGAACUACAGCGCGCUCUCAGCAUGCGUCAACCCAACCCCGUCUAUGUUAGCAUCGAAACAGCCAGAGAGAUCAAGGAGAAAUAUUGCUUCGUAGACCAGAGGUCAACACCCAAACCUGAUGACAGCAUGUCAAGGUCGCACACCACGUCCAGUGGUGACGUCAUAACAGUUGGGGCGGAGCGCUGGAAGUGUCCUGAGAUUUUGUUCCAGCCUUCCUUGGGAGGUCUGGAGGGCGGAGGACUAGCACAGCAGCUGAACACCGCUAUCGCAUCUUGUGCUGUCGACGUCCGCGGUCAGCUUUGCGAUAAAAUUUUCAUGGCAGGAGGAACUACUCUAACGCCAGGCAUUUGUCAACGACUGGUCAAAGAGUUGUCAGCUUUGGUACCACACAAGCAAGUGAAAGUGGUGGCCUCUCCUGGCCGUCACCUAUGCUCUUGGAGAGGAGGCUCGGUACUGGGGUCGCUGUCAACCUUCCCCAACCUCUGCAUCACGAAGCAAGAAUUCCAGGAGGAAGGUGAAAGGAUAUUCCAAAAGAAAUUCCAAUAAGAGCAACACUGGUGAACGUUGAUGCGGUCUGUUUU